CGGGCCUAGGAAGUGUGUCCACUCCCGGGUACCGUAGCGGCUUUUAGCCCGGGCCGGGCGGGCUGGGCUGGGCUGGCCUGGACUGGGCCGGGUGGCCGGAGCCAAGCUCAGUCCCGGAGACCCUGAUGGCUGCGGUGUUUCUGGUCACGCUGUACGAAUAUUCACCGCUUUUCUACAUCGCGGUGGUGUUUACCUGCUUUGUCGUGACUACCGGCUUGGUACUAGGAUGGUUUGGUUGGGAUGUGCCAGUCAUUCUGAGAAACUCAGAAGAGACCCAGUUCAGUGCAAGAGUUUUCAAGAAACAGAUGAGACAAGUCAAGAAUCCUUUUGGCUUAGAGAUUACUAAUCCAUCUUCAGCUUCAAUUUCAACUGGCAUAAGCUUGACCACAGAUUGCCUUGAAGACAGUCACCUCACUUGCUACUGGGGGUGCAGUGUUCAGAAGUUAUAUGAAGCCUUGCAGAAGCACGUUUAUUGCUUCAGAAUAAGCACCCCGCAAGCAUUAGAAGAUGCUUUGUAUAGCGAAUAUCUCUACCAAGAACAGUAUUUUAUUAAAAAGGACAGCAAAGAAGAAAUAUAUUGCCAGUUACCCAAAGAUAACAACAUUGAGGACUUCGGUGCAGUGCCCAGAUCUCGCUAUCCGUUGGUGGCACUGUUGACCUUGGCUGACAAGGACGACCGAGAGAUCUAUGAUAUCAUUUCCAUGGUGUCAGUAAUUCAUAUUCCUGAUAAGACUUACAAACUUUCCUGCAGAAUAUUGUAUCAGUAUGUACUCCUGGCUCAAGGUCAAUUUCAUGAUCUUAAGCAACUUUUCAUGUCUGCCAAUAAUAAUUGCACUCCCUCCAGCCGCCCCUCCCCAGAAGACGAAAACACCGACCGGAGUUUGCUGGAAAGGGCAGGACUGUCGGAAAGCGAAGGGGAGCCAUGGGAGGAGAGCAGCAAGGACUGCGUCGUGUGCCAGAACGGGGCCGUGAACUGGGUGCUGCUGCCCUGCAGGCACACGUGCCUGUGCGAUGGCUGCGUGCGCUAUUUUCAGCAGUGCCCAAUGUGCAGGCAGUUUGUGCGGGAGUCUUUUGCACUUUGCAGUCAAAAAGAGCCAGAUAAAGAUAAACUGAAAAGUCUUUGAAGAUGCUGUUACAGCCAAGAAGGACACCUGCCACCUAAGAUACAAACGUUUGUGUUUUUAAACUUUGAUCAGAAUAUGGAAUCUACAGUAAUGACCUUCAUGGGAUCUUCUCACUUCCUGUUUGUCUACAACAUGGAUGAUGAAAAUGAAUGAUUCCUUGCUUCUCAGUGUGGUGAGCACUGCAGAACUCAGCUGCAUGAACACAGGAAAGUUCAUUCCACCCUUGGGAAGAAUGUACGCAUUGGCCUUUUGUCAGCCAGAAGGUUUCACAUGUUGUGGAUUACAAAAAUAAUUUUUGAAAGCCAUGCAUCUAAGAUUUGGGGAGGUAUAAGUCUCAAGAUUGCAAAAGAUUUUUCCUUUUGACAAAGUUCUGGAAUGCAAUUAGUAAAAGUAACUUAGUUCUUCUUAAAGCAAUUAUAUGUUCCUCAGUUUAUAAAGAAGUUGGAAAGGGUCUCUUCCUUUAAGUCGUUCUAUGAAAUACUAGUGUUUAUAAAUACCAGUUUGGUUUCUGAAUUAUCACCAUAAUUACAUAAGCACAAAUCUUAAUUUUUAAGUAUGGGUUCUUAAAAAUACAAGAUGUGGUUCUUGACUGCUCUCUGCAUAUCACAGGUGCAAAUGAUACUCAGAGUGGUAGAAUACAAGAUGAAAUUUCUUGGGCAAUUAAGAACUUAUUGGAUCAUCUGUCAGAUGUGGUCGGUUAGCAGAAAAUGGCCUGCCAGAGAAGAUCUGUGAGACUCUGAAUGCCUUCCUUUAGCUUUCCUCCCGCACAACGCAUCUGUCCAAAACUGGACAGGUUUUAGAGGUAAAAACAAUCACUCAAAGAAACAACCCACUGUUGUGUUCUCGUAUAUUUUUCUCGCAGACCCAAGCUCCUUUGCAACAAUAGCUUAUGUUGCUCAUCCCUUGUGUCCUUAUAAGACUUGGGGGAUUUGAUAGUCUGCAAAGUCCCAAUCCCUAUUCUUUCCAAAGUGACCGAGAAGAAAAUGGUGAAUCAGAACAUCCUAUGGCCGUGGCGAAAACUGCCUGCAGCUCGCCAAGAAAGCAGAUGCCAGGAAAUAAGUGAUGCCAUCCAGGGAGACGGCCAAACCUUUUUUGUCAUGUUUUUGUUUGGCAUAAUCGCUUAUGUUUGUAUUAGGGUUUUGACAUAAUAUUUCAUUCCACUGUGACACUGGAGAAGUCUUCGUAAAGUUCAUGGAAAAUGCACAUUAUAAGAAACUGUGGGUACAUUUUAAAAAAACUUGUACCAAAAUAAACUCAUCUUUUGUCUUCAUUUUCUUU